AUGGAGCGCGUCAUCCUCAACAGGCUCAACGGGUACCUCGAAGACAACGAGGUUUACACGUCCAACAUGAUCGACUUUCGCACCGGACUCUGGACGCAGGAUGGCAUGGAGCUAAUGAAGCAUCAGAUUGUGGAUGGCCGUUCAAGAGACGUCAAGGCUCUGCUCUGUCUGGACCUCGAGAAGACUUUCGAGAACGUGCUCCACACCUUCAUCGUAAAUACCAUUUCAGACCUGUGUCUCGGUUCCAGAUCCCACAACUACGUCUUUUCUUUUCUAAUGGACAGGAAGACCAAGCUUCGCAUUGGGGACUUCCACUCUGACGAUGUGCUCCUCGGAGGGCGGGGUGCUUCUCAGGACGCCGUCGUCUCCCCCCCACUGUUUAUCAUCUGUAUGAUUGGUCCUUCCGAGAGAGCCGAAGAAGCCAUGCAGGAGGCGAUCAAUGUGAUCGAGGAGUAUCUCCUCCCAACGGACUUGGAUGCUUCCCCGCCAAGUCGGAGCUUCUGCUUUACGGAAAAGAGAAGGUAG